AUGGCGGAAGAAGAUGGCAGCCUCAAAGAAACAAACCACAGCAUCGCAAUUGCAUGGCCUUGGGAUUUGCUGAGUUGGCUUCACCGGAAGAAUCACUUGCUUCAAUGGGCAUCGAACACCCCACAAGCCGACAUAGUCAUUGCAGAAAACCGCAGGUAUUGGCGGGCCUUGGGUAACGAGGAGUCUGUUCAAAACCUGAACCUUCAGAAUCCUGAGAUGACGUUUCCAAUCUUUUGGCACACAGACGGUGUGCGAGUUUACAAGCAACAGAAGUGUUGGAUAUACUCGUAUUCAUGUGCCAACAAGAAGGGGCCUUCUCUGUCGUCAAAGUUGAUGAUGUUACUUGUGCGGGAGCCUCUAAUUUGGAAGCCUUUUACGCACGAUCGCAUUGGUGAGCUUGUUGGGUGGAUUCAACGUGUCUUACAGACUGGCCGCUUUCCGGCUACAGACUUUAAUGGCGAUCCCUGGCCAGCAGGGUCAGCAGAAGCUGGAAGGGCCAACAAUUUGAUUGCAGGAGGCUACAUGUUUGCUUUCAGCGGCUUCAAAGGUGAUUGGGAGGCUCGGGUUGUGGUGCACAAGCUGCAGAGAAGCUACAAUCACAACAACAUUUGCGAACAUUGCCCAGCCAGCAAGCUAGACACUGCUUUCAAUUACCGCAAUUUCGCAUUGGACGCUGCCUAUUUGGAUGUUUGCUUCACGCAUGCCCAGUUCAUGAUUAUGACCCCGGAGCACUUGCGGUCUUCAUGGCAAUCCGUGCCAGGCUGGACGAAAGACAGGAACCUGGAGGAAACCUGUGCAAGCGUAAGUGUCGCUUGCUGCGUGAUACCGGCGCUCGUCUGCGCUCAUUUCGAAUCAAAGUUUGGGGAUGCGCUGACACUGAAACAAUAUGACAGACUGUUGCAAACCGAAGUUUGGCAGCAUUACAAAGCCUGGUGUAGGAAAACCAAAGUUCCUGGGUGUGGUCAUCGCUUCACAUUGGGGCGUUUUGGUCGUGAAAGUUGGGGCACGCAGCCAGAGCUGCAAUCCUGCUACAAGGCAUACACUGUCAAAAUGAUGAUCUAUUGGCUGCAUGCGUUUCUGUUUGAUGUGCAGGCAGAGGCAACGGGGGGUCCUGAGCGUGUUUGCACUUCCUACGCGCUUGCAAAGAUGCAGUUCGACUUUGAUAUGAGCGGACCAUUUCUGACCGAUUCGAUGAGGAGGGACGCUGUCACGUAUGAGCAUUGUUAUCAAGACGAGGACCUCAUGAAACAGCUUGGUCGAAUAGCUUCAUCUUGCCACCCGUCGACUAUGGACAAAGUGACAUGCAAUCGCUACCGGGCACUCUUGGAGUUCGGAGAUGUGUUUUGA